CUUCGUAUAGAGCUGCCUACUAUUUAUUACUUGAGCCGUCGCAAACACAAUGGCAGCGGAUAUAGCGCCUUCACGUUUACAAGGUCGCGACAUUGAUCCGCCUUCUACCAAAACAUACACUAUAUACUUGAGCAAAAUUUCAGUUGCAAUGAAACUUAGAGUGCCCCAUCACUGCUUGACAGGCAUAGCUUCUGAUGCACCGGAGAAUGAGGGAUUUGAAGGGGGGAAGGAUCUUCUCGCCGACGUGAUCGAUGGUCACUCUAAAUUCCGGCUGUCCUUGCCUGGAGGACCUACAGACAAUGAUAAAGUCCUCCAGCAUGCCGAAAUGGAGGUCAAAGUCAUACGUCUCUUCUUCCCAACCAUACACAUUUCCAAAAUCUGUGUCUGUAUGGCAGCAUGGCUGGCAACGCUCUGCCAUAUUGAUGACGUCCUGGAAGAAAUGGACUCGAAUCGAGCUGUUUCCAUCUUGUUCGAGUUCAUGGACGUGAUACGUUACGGCGGAUCCCCUCCGUGCGAUGCAGCAUUGGAUAUUGAAAGGAAGAAUGUUCUUCUGACAGGGCAGCGCUUCCGGGAGCACUGCAGCCGUUACCUGCUAGAAAGCGAGAUAACUCCGUUUCUUGGAAAGAUUUAUAAUGUUAUCGAAGGUCUCCAGAGGGAGAUGUGUCUUCGUCAGAGUUUUCUGCCUUCGGAUCUGUCGACAUAUCUGGCCAUCCGUACUCGCACAAUUGGAGUGGCGCCUUUCUUCGCUUUGAUUGAACGCACUGAACUUCCGCCCAACUGCCUCGAUCUAAUCUCCGAUAUCCAAAACGACAUCAACCUCAUAACCGGUCUACAGAAUGAUCUUAUAGGAUUGGAAAAGGAUAUUGAGAAUGGGGAGAUGAUGAGUGCCAUAAACUUUGUGGGGGAUGGUAUCCCUAUCUACAAAAAGGGAAGUGAAAUAGGGGACAUAACAGAAGCUGUGUCUCAUAUCUACAGCAUUCACAACCAAGCAGUCUUCCGAGCAAUUGACAAGUUCAAGCAGCUCUCAGAGAUUGCAGGACCUCAUGCAUCGUCAGCAUUGGACGUCGCCAGGGCCCAGCUGACCUUGGCAGAGACACAUCUUAAAUGGUGUACAUCUUCUAAGCGAUACCAGGCUCAGGUACAGUAGUUAUUCACCAAUUACAUGCAUUCAAGCGAGAACUACAGGCAGACUGAAACUAUAUCAUUAUAGAAUUUCAAUUGGGGUUUAACUUGUCAAAUGAGACGCCUUUACUGAAGCUGAUGCUAGGAUCCAGCUCU